AUGUCCGACCAAGAAAGUUUGGAACCACACAGCGAUACUACUCUUGCCAGAGGCCUGAAUCCUGUAGAAGCAGAAGGAUUUGUCUUGGAUAAUGAGGAGGCGCCCAAGGCUAAAGAGGAGGAUGACAAUAUGCCAAAUCAAAUAGCAAGUCUGGUGGAGAAAAUGCUUAGGGAACAGGUUCACCUUAAGGAGAUAGAAACAGUCAGGACUGAUAGCGGUAGAGGAGAAGGAGUCUCACUAAGUAUAUGGGACUUUGCCGGACAAGACAUAUACUACACAACCCAUCAGGUGUUUCUGACGUGGCGAGCCAUUUAUGUGAUUGUCUUUGAUCUCAGUAGACGUUUAGAUUCUGUUGUUCCCCCUGAAUCCAGAGACGAGUAUUAUGAAAUGGCUAAAAGAGGUGCCAAAUCAGAACUGACAUGUCUAGAGUUCAUCAAUUUCUGGUUGUGUUCCAUCUUCGCCCAUGCUGUGGCGCCCUCUUCGGUCAGGAAUAAGAAUACGUCUAAAACCGCCCAGAAAUCUCCACCAAUAUUCAUUGUUGGUACGCAUCGAGAAAGUGUGAAAGGAGAUGCAAAAGAGAAAAAGAAAAAGAUUCGCUCUGCCUUUGAGAAGAUCCGUAAUUCUAUCAAGAAGAAGCCGUUUGAAUGCCAUGUGGUCCCCAAGUAUUAUGCCAUUGAAAACAGAUUAGUAGACACAGCUGAAGGUACAGAUGCAGGGGUACAUCACAACUAA